AUGGCCGACACUCCCGUUACCCUGCGGACUCGCAAGUUCAUCCGCAACCCCCUGCUUGCUCGUAAGCAGAUGGUCGUUGACGUCCUCCACCCCAACCGCGCCAACGUCUCCAAGGAUGAGCUCCGCGGCAAGCUCGCCGACCUGUACAAGGCCAACAAGGACCAGGUCUCCGUCUUCGGCUUCCGUACGCAAUACGGUGGUGGCAAGAGCACUGGCUUCGCCCUCGUCUACGACUCCCAGGAGGCCCUGAAGAAGUUCGAGCCUCACUACCGUCUCGUCCGUAUCGGAGCUGCCGAGAAGAUCGAGAAGGCCAGCAGACAGCAGCGCAAGCAGCGCAAGAACCGUUCCAAGAAGUUCCGCGGUACCGCCAAGACCAAGGGCCCCAAGAAGUCCAAGAACUAA